GGCCUCGGGUGGUACAGGAACCCCCAGACUGGGAGGCGGAGGCGGGUCCUGCCAGCUCCGCACCGGCCCUGGACUAGAAUGGAGAUCGGAGGCGCGUCCGGGGCCAGGCAAGUCACAAAAGUGAGAAAGGCGGGCACUGGGGCAGGAAUUUGUUGGUUCUUACGCUAAUAAUUCAGGUUUUGAAAGAAUACUCUGCAGAGGAGAUCCUGCCACAGAGGGCUUGGCGUUCAACGGGACGCGGGGCUGUGUGCGCCUAAGUGCCACCUGCAUUGCCGUCGUUAGAGACCGUCGAUGGAAGGGAAGCCCCCCGGCGGCCCAGGCCCCGUGCACGUGCCUCUUGGGCACGUGGUAGCGAGUGAGAAGUGGCGGGGGUCGCAGCUGGCACAGGAGGUGCAAGGGAAAAUUAAGCUCGUUUUUGAGGAUGGCCUGGCACCGGUAGAUUUUUACCUGUCUAACAGAUCUUGCAUUCUUUAUAUCACCGAAGCUGAUUUGGUGGCAGGAAACGGCUACAGAAAGAGGCUUGUUCGGGUUAGAAAUUCCAAUAACCUACAAGGGAUUGUGGUAGUUGAGAAGACACAGAUGAGUGAACAGUACUUCUCAGCCAUACAGAAGUUUACUGUGCUGGACCUUGGGAUGGUGUUGCUUCCCGUGGCCAGCCAGGUGGAAGCGUCCUGCCUCAUUGUCCAGUUAGUUCAAGAGCAAACCAAAGAGCCCAGUAAGAACCCUUUUCUUAGGAAGAAACGGACUCAGUUCUCUGAGCCGUACCUCCUCCGAACUGUGCAGCAGAUCCCAGGAGUUGGAAAGGUCAAAGCUCCCCUUCUGCUUCAGAAGUUUCCAACCCUCCAACAGCUGAGUAACGCUUCCAUCCCAGAACUGGAGCCAGUCGUCGGACCAGCCGUAGCACAGCAGAUCCACGCCUUCUUCACACAGGCCAGGUGACAGCUGGCCAAGUUUAAUCCUUUAGAUCACGAAGAAUGGGAUCUUGUUUUCAUAUUUAAAAACCGAGAGGAAGGGGCAGGUGUUGUGGCAUAGCAGAUUGAGCCUGCACUUGGGAGGCCCAAAUCUUAUACUGGAAUGCGUGGUGUGAGUCCCAGCUACUCCAUGCCAUUGUGCCUGGGAGGCAGAAGAUGGCCCACGUACUUGGGUCACCCACAUGGAGUUCCUGGCUCUUGGCUUUAGCCUGGCCCAACCCUGGCUAUUGCCAGGUAUUUGGGAGAGUGGACCAGCAGAUGCAAGGUCUCUCUUCCUCAGCCUUUCAAAGAAAUAAACAGCUGGAGCGAGCCUGUGAAGUGUCCUGCCUUUGCUGUCUGGGCUCAGGCAUGUCAGUGGGCCAGAGCUGGCACUGCCCUCUUUGUACUAAGACCAAAGGGGCCUGAGUUUCCUAAGAGAGUCAGGGACUUGCAUGCUCAGCAAAAAAUCAAUUAGGGCAGAUUGUAAUGAGUGACCUUGACCUGCAUCUAUCAUGGAAAAGUCUUCUGGAAAGUUCAGGUGGUGGGUGUGACCAGCUAAGAGGAAAGAAACCUACAGUGGAGCACUGUGUACUGCCAGUCUCUGGUUCCUGUGUCACAGCUCCUGUCCAGGGCUCUGGGGGCUGCUGCCAAUAUAAAUAAACAAUUGUACAACAGCUCCCUCCUCCCUGUUUUGUUCUUUUUUUUUUU